AUGGAAGGGAGAGACGACGACGACGGUUUCCGUUAUGAACUUGAGACACCCGAAGCGGUGCUGCAGCAUUUUAAUGUCAUAGAAGGGAAAGGGUUAAGUACGGCAGAGGCAGAGAAACAGCGUAGUAUCUAUGGCUACAAUGAAUUGGCUAAGGAAGAAAAUACGCCUCUAUGGAAGCUUGUAUUGGAACAAUUUGAUGACGCACUUGUCAAGAUUUUAUUGGGUGCAGCGGUCGUUUCCUUUGCACUGGCUAUGCUCGAAGACGGUGCGAGUGAAGGCAUUGGUGCUUUUGUUGAACCACUUGUAAUUCUUGUAAUCCUCGUACUUAACGCCAUUGUCGGCGUGUGGCAGGAGUCAAACGCAGAAGCAGCACUUGAAGCGCUGAAAGAUUUACAGCCGGAGAAUGCCCGUGUUAUGCGCGAUGGGGAAAUGAUAACGUUAGCAGCACGUGAACUUGUCCCAGGUGAUGUGGUCGAGAUUCGUGUGGGUGAUAAAGUCCCUGCGGAUCUCCGUUUAUUGUCCAUGAAAACAACUGCAAUUCGUGUUGAACAAGCUCAAAUGACGGGUGAAUCAACCUCUGUGAAUAAAGGCAUUGAUGCGUUACCAAAAGAUACGGAGAAUAUUAUUCAAGCCAAGACCAAUAUGUUGUUUGCUGCUACUGUGGUCGUUAAUGGCCUUGGUAGUGGCAUUGUGACACAAAUUGGUAUGAAAACAGAGAUUGGAAAGAUUCAACAAUCUGUACAAGAAGCAUCGAAGGAAGAAGAAGGGACACCAUUGUCGAAGAAACUGGAUGAAUUUGGAGAGCUUUUGUCCAAAGUUAUUGCCGUCAUUUGCAUUGUUGUGUGGGUGAUUAAUUACAAGAACUUUUUUGAUCCGAUCUAUGGAUCGGUCUUUAAAGGAUGUAUCUAUUACUUUAAGAUUGCAGUAGCACUUGCCGUUGCUGCAAUUCCGGAAGGUCUUCCUGCUGUCAUUACUACGUGUCUUGCAUUGGGUACGCGCAAAAUGGCCAAGAAGAAUGCAAUUGUACGAAAGCUGCCAUCGGUCGAGACACUUGGCUGCACGACGGUCAUUUGUUCGGACAAGACGGGGACACUCACUACGAACGAAAUGUCUUGCGUUACGUUCUCUCAUAUUGGUUCAUCUGAGACGGAGCUGGUGACGUAUGACGUUGAGGGACACACGUACGCUCCAAUCGGUAAGAUUGAAGGCGCUCCGUUGUCCCAGUAUAAAGCUGUUUCUUCGUUGGCGGCUGUCUGUUCGUUGUGUAAUGAGUCGGCUAUCGAGUAUCAUGACGGUAAAUAUGUGCGUGUUGGGGAGCCCACUGAAGCUGCUUUGAAAGUUCUCGUGGAGAAGAUUGGCUUCCCUUUGGAUGCUGUGAAACAGGCAGAGAUGCAGUCGCUCCGCGUUGACAACCCUGGGAAGGCUGCUCAGUUCUGUAAUGAGCACAUAGAGCAGCAGAGCAAGAAGUUGGCUAUCCUUGAGUUUUCGCGCGACCGCAAGUCAAUGUCGGUGCUGUGUGAAAAGUCUGGUGCUUCAAUGCAGCGCGCUACCCGCUCGUCGACCUCGAACCACAAUAUCUUGCUAGUAAAGGGUGCCCCCGAAGGUCUCAUUGACCGAUGUGCCUAUGUUGAGCUGGGAGACGGAAGCGUGAAGCCUUUAACUGAUGCUGGCCGCCAGGUGUUGCUGACCCAAGUGUCAACUCUAGCUCGCAAGUCGCUUCGUUGUUUAGCACUGGCGAAAAAAGAGGACCUAGGCGAACUCGGUGCGUACGACGGCGACCGUCACCACCCAGCGCACAAGUUGCUUGAGAAGACUGAAAACUUUGCCGCAAUUGAAUCUGGCUUGACCUUCAUUGGUCUUGUUAGCAUGCUGGACCCCCCGCGUCCCGAAGUGCGCCCCAUGAUUGAGAUGUGUCACACAGCCGGCAUUCGCGUUAUGUGCAUCACAGGUGACAACAAGCUGACCGCCGAGAGUAUUUGCUACAAAAUUGGCAUUUUGAAUGAAGACGACGAUCUUACCACGCGCUCUUUUACCGGUGCCGAAUUUUUCGCUCUGCCAAUGGAAAAGCGUAACGAGUACCUUUCGGACGCCCAUGGUAUGGUAUUCUCCCGCACGGAGCCGAAGCACAAGCAACAGCUUGUGAAGAUGUUGAAGCAGCUGGGCGAAAUAACAGCUAUGACUGGUGACGGUGUGAAUGAUGCACCUGCCUUGAAGCAAGCUGAUAUUGGUAUCGCUAUGGGUAUUACGGGUACGGAGGUUGCAAAGGAGGCUGCAGACAUGGUUCUCGCUGAUGACAACUUUGCUACGAUUGUGGCUGCCGUGGAGGAGGGCCGAGCCAUUUACAACAACAUGCAAGCGUUCAUUCGCUACCUGAUCUCGUCAAAUAUAGGUGAGGUGGCCGCGAUUUUCUUGACGGCUGCUCUGGGCCUUCCGGAAGGUCUUAUUCCAGUGCAGCUUCUGUGGGUGAAUCUCGUUACUGACGGUCCUCCAGCCACUGCGUUGGGUUUCAACCCGCCUGAUGCUGACAUCAUGAAGAAACCGCCUCGUCGCAGCGAUGACGCUUUGAUCACCGGUUGGGUGUUCUUCCGAUACAUGGUUGUUGGCAUCUACGUGGGUUUCGCUUGCGUCGGUAUCUUUGCAUACUGGUACAUGUACUACGAGGCUUCGGGCGAUGGUCACACUCUGAUCACGUACGACCAGCUGUCCCAUUGGACCAAGUGCCAUGAAUGGGAGAACUUUACGGUCAACAAUUUUGAUGGCAUGGACUUUUCGUCGGACCCUUGCCGAUACUUCACUGACGGCAAGAAGACGGCAUCGACGCUUUCGCUUUCCGUGUUGGUGGCUAUUGAGAUGUUCAACGCUUUGAACGCGCUUUCUGAAGAUGGCAGUCUGAUUACCAUGCCACCUUGGUCUAACCCGUACCUCAUGAUUGCUAUGGUGGUAUCUUUUGUCAUGCACUUUGUCAUCCUGUACGUGGACGUGCUGGCCGAUACGUUUAGCGUGAUUCCGCUCGACUUGAAUGAGUGGCUGAUGGUGCUGGUGUUUUCACUGCCGGUGAUUCUUAUCGAAGAAGUUCUCAAGUUCAUUGGCCGCCGCAUGACCGCACGUGAGCUCAAACACCGCAUGGAUGAAUGGGAGAAGAAGACUCAGUAG